CUGAAGUAUAACAAAACAAGGAGCCAACUGGUCAGACCGUCGAAUGCGUAUUUUCGACUGCGGACGAUUUCGAGUCGCUCGGAGUUAACGUUAACUGUUAUUUUUAGUUAAAAAUUGCAUCAGAUAAGUCGGGAACGCGAGUUGGAAUCCGCGACUAUGUGGUGUGCAAAGACGAGCAUCCAAAAGAUAGGAAUCUGAAUCUGAAUCUGAAGAAUCGGGCAAAGAACUCAAAGCUCCGGAUCGAAAAUCAACAUACCACGCACACAUCCAAACCAUUUAUGCACACAAUCGCAGUCAGAUUCGGCUUACUAACGGUAGUUCAGUGAUUGUGGGAAAGGGACAGCCAGCGAGGAGCCAGGAUAACGGAGCGGAGAAGGAUGGCAUUGCCAAAGAAGAUAAAAUGUUUUAAAUAUUUGGUUUACAGUUAUGUGGUGCUGCUAGCGCUGACUGGGGCUGCGCAGAUAUUCCUGGGCACAUCCCUGCUCUGGGGACACUCGGUCUACUAUGGAAUUGUGCAGAACAAGUUGUGGGCCCCGGCCGCGAUCCUGCUCUGCCUGGGACCCGUCACCUUCAUCCUCUGCUGGAUGGGCUGCCAGGCCACCAACCAACGGAAGCGCUGCCUCCUGGGAAUGUUUGCUGCCCUUUUGGUCGCCUGCAUCUGUGUUCAGUUCAUCAUCUGCGGCUGGUCCCUGGCCAUGCGGGAGAAUCUGCCAACCUCCGUAGAGAUCUUCAUCGACGACUCCUUUGUCGAGUUCCUGGACAAGUUUUCGCGCACCAAGGUGGACAACCUACACUUGUGGAAUAGGAUGCAAUCGCAGUUGCAAUGCUGCGGCGUGGACGGACCUCUCGAUUACCGCCGACUUUCGCUACCCUGGUCCUGCUGCUCGCGUCCCGAGCACGCCUACGAGUCAGCAUGUGAUACCCACUACAAGCGCGGCUGCCUGGCCGUCGUCUCGGAGCAGAUCAGGAACCGUCUGCUGAUCACCGCCUUCGGAGCUGCCAUCAUAGCCAUUUUCCAGAGCCUGGGAAUCUUCUGUGCUGUCCACCUGACCAUUCUGUUCGGCAAGAACGACAACACCCAUCCCAUUAACAUGAACAGGAAAAAGAAACAGCAGCAGUUCUUGCCCCUAACCAUUCAGGACAAGCGGCACGACAUGCCCUCGCCCAUCAAUCUAUCCCCUUCAGCACCCGGGCAGCGGGUUUUAAAAACUGCUCUGCCCUCGGCCAUGCACAAAUGACAGACGAUUAGCUUUUAAGAUUGCAACAAAAAAUUUAUGGAAACUCCAAAGAAAAAGUAUAAAAAAAAUGUUGUAAACUGAGAUGGAAUGAAUAUAACUGUGACCCUCAAUGUUACGUUAUGGUAAUUUUAAACAAUUUAACGUUCGAGAAAAGAAACAACAUUUGAAUUUGGAUUAACUCUCCAGUAGUUUAAUUAAAGCUUAAAAACAAUUGGA